CUAGUUUGAGUGUAUUUUAUGGAAGAGUGAGCUCCAAGCUCUGAAAAGGAGCGUGGGAUCUACCACUUGUCUAACACUCUCUAAUGAGUAAUGAGAGAUCAACUCAGGAAAAGAUAAAACGCUAGUACAUGGCCACAUAGCAGACACCACUCGGAAGGAAAUCCCACUAAAAAUGACUAGAAGCCGAGAAUCCAAGGAAACACACAGCUAUUUGCCCCCCACCACCCACAACACAGCUACUGGUUUUCACAGUAUGAUAAGGAUAAAAGCUUGGUUUCCCCUCUGCCCCACUCUAUUCCUCUAUCUAAGUAAAGCACAAAUUCACAUCAAUCCAUGUGGGUCUCUAGUCUCUCUCUGAAAUACUUGUAUUAUACGGUGCAAUUGAUGGUUAUAAAGUCACUCUUACCUCCCACUACUCUCAAUCAUUUCAAACCCCAUUCGCUCUCCUAUCACUACAAAUCCCUCCUUUUAUGCUUUCCCUUGCCUCCACCUUUCUUCCCAUAAAUACCUUCUCCACCUUUGGCAUAUUUUUCAAACAAUUCAUUUCAUACCCCAUAUAGCACACACUCCCGCACCCAUGUCUGUCGCAGCUCUUUCAGAGGCAGAUAAAAUUUACAAGAAGUCCUUCCACCGGAGGAAUGAUUCUGGCGAGCUUGAUGUUUUUGAAGCUGCAAGGUAUUUCUCCGGCGGCAAUGAAAUUAUUGGGUACAAUGGUGCAGCUUUUCCUCAGAGGAUGAUGAUGAGAGAAGAGAGGCAAGGUUGGAGAGGAGGAAGAAUUAGCUUGGAUAUGCCGAUGAGGAGCUCGCUACCGACACAGUCAUCUCAUGCUGUGGAAAAACAAAUGAAAGAGAAGAUCAAAUACAAACAACCCAGCUCUCCUGGUGGCAGACUCGCUAGCUUCUUGAAUUCUCUUUUCAAUCAAACAAACUCCAAGAAGAAGAAAUCAAAGUCCACAGCACAGUCGAUCAAGGAUGAAGAGGAGAGCCCGGGUGGGAGGAGGAAAAGGAGGAGCAGCAUUAGCCAUUUCCGGAGUUCCAGCACUGCUGAUUCCAAGUCCGUGUAUUCUUCCUCAAGUUCUGGCUUUAGAACUCCCCCUCCUUAUGCAAAUACUCCCACAAAGACCUACAAGGAUCUCAGAAGCUAUUCAGAUCACAGGCAAGUGGUGUCUCUCCCAAACUACAACAACGGCAAUGUAAAAGCUACUGGCUUACGAAACGAGGCCUUGGACGAGAAGAGAAUCAAAGAGUUGGUUUGGCUGGACGAGAAAUUCAAAUUCAGCAGUGGGUUUUCAGAGAAACACAAAAAUUUCAGCAACGGGCUUUCAGAGAAAGAUAGGAUUUGGGUUGAUGAGUAUCCAUCAGAGGAGAAGGAAUUCAGAAAGUUGGAUGAGAUUGAUGCCGGUGCGGAGAGUGAUUCAAGCUCUGAUCUAUUCGAGCUGCAGAACUAUGACUUGGGUUGCUACUCAAGUGGCUUACCCGUAUAUGAGACCACCCACAUGGACAGCAUCAAGAGAGGAGCACCCAUUUCCAAUGGCCCCCUACCCCUAUAAUAAUUCUGUAUAUUUUUCUCCUCCUCAUUCAUGAUCACUUCUUUGCUCCAAUUCAUGUUGAUUGGAAGUUGCGAGAAGGCCAAAAAAAAUGUUGAGUUCUUGUCAAAUAGUUUCCUUUUUUUUCUUUUUCCCUUUUUUUCCUUUUCUGUUGCAGGCUCUUGAAAGUUCCUCCACUUCUUUCUCUGUAUGUACAGUUGGGAAUGUCUGCUUGUCUUC